AUGGAGUCUGCUGGUCUGAGAUCACAGCUAACCUGCUACCUCUGCCUGAACAUUUAUACAGAUCCUGUAACCCUGACGUGUGGACACAGCUUCUGCCAGGUCUGCAUCACAACGACAUGGGCAAACCAGACGGGGAAAGAAUAUUCUGAAUGUGCUGAAUGUGGACAACAGUUUGGGGUAAAAACAGCAGUGCUAAAAAGAAAUCUUAGAUUGUGUAACAUAGCAGAAAGUUUCCAAGCUAUUAACUCCGAGCAUAAGGAAAAUGUGAUACCUUGUACUUAUUGUGACUCCCAUGUAUCUGCGGCUAAAACAUGUCUAAUGUGUGAGGCUUCUUUGUGUUUUAGUCACCUUAGUGUCCACACUAAGUCAACAGAACAUAUCUUAACUGAACCCACCAUUGCGCUAGAAAAUCGAAAAUGCUCUGACCACUGGGGAGUCUUGAGCCAUUAUUGCUCUACGGACUCUGUCUAUCUAUGUAAGUACUGCAUCACGUCUGGAGAUCAUCGGGGUCACCAGGUGGAGACUUUAACUGUUGCCUUCAAUAAGAAAAAGCAGAAACUGAAAAUUAUUCAGGAGAAACUGAAGUCAAAGAGAAAAGAAGCUAAUAAAAGAAUCCAGGGUCUGCAGGAGCACAGGAGAAAAGUUGGAGAAGUAGCAGCCGACGUAACAGAGCGAGUCAGUGUCAUGAUCGUGGACAUAAGGAAAAAGCUGGAUGUUUUGGAAAGGAGAGUGUUGGGUGAGAUCUCCAGGCAGGAAGAAGAGAUCUCACUCAGAAUCUCAGAACUGGUCCAGCAACUGGAAAUAAAGGUGGAGGAGCUGUCCACAAAGAGACUUGACAUCGAGGAGCUUUUUCGUAUCAUUGACCCAUACAUUGCCUUACAAAGCAGUGCUGACUAUUGUGAUAUAGCUGAGGACGGUGAUAAUGAGGAUACCGAGACAGAUGUAAAUUGCCACGAUUUAGGGGACCUGAAUCUGGGUCUAAUAUAUGUGACCUUGCACUCAGGCUUAGCUGAUAUUGCGGCUGGUAUAAAGGGAUUGCACCACAUACAGGAUGUUUCGCACAUAUUAACGGAUACAAAAAUGACUUCUGAUAUUUUACAGGACCUAAACACUGCCAGUAAUUAUGUAACUUUGUCAGGUGUUUUGAAAACUAUGUCAGUGUCACUAAUAAACCAAAAUUGUCCAGAAACACAAGAGAGAUUUCGGUAUCCUCAGGUUCUAAGCAACAACAGUUAUUCCUCAGGUCAACAUUGCUGGGAAGUGGAAGGCAGUAAAUCAGGAGUAUGGACUGUAGGAAUGACCUAUCACAGUACAAAGGGAAAUGGGUGUCAGUCAAGGAUUGGAGACAAUGCAAAGUACUGGGGUUUAUGGAAGUGGAAUAAUGAUCAAUAUUUUGUGAGACAUGACAGUAAACCAAUCCAGUUACCGUAUAGGCCUUCCGGUCACCGACUGGGAAUAUACCUGAACUAUGAGACUGGGCAAUUAUCUUUUUAUGAGCUAGGUGACGUGAUUAAACAUUUAUACACAUUCACUGACACCUUCACUGAGCCACUUCACGCUGUGUUUGGAGUAUGGGAUUAUUCAUUCCUGCCAGUUAAAGGCAAGAUACAUGAAUAUACAUGGAUAAGAAUUAGGAGCUAGUAAUCAGAUGAUAUCAGACAUGUUGUUGAUAUGUUGAUGUAGUGACUGUCUGUUAAACAAUCUGUGCUGCUGUGUGUGCUAAAGUUAUGCAAACUAUUCUUAAAGGGACAUUGCAGGUACUAUAGCCAUUUCAUCUCAUCCAACAGGUUUUAGUGCAUGGAGUCCUAUGGAACCGUCCCUCCAUUCAGUAUUAAACCAUGUUUGAGUACUUUAACACUGAAUGAGAGUCCCUGGCCACACACAGCCUGACCCCCACUCUUUCAAAUUAACACCAUGUUGUACCAGAAAUAGGCACUUGUGAUAGGCUGACACUCUAAGCUAAUCACUGCCACUUAUUGCUGCUUGAGCUUAUGAUUCCUUAUCAGCCUGAGCAGCACAGAGGAGUCAGGCUGCCGGGGACUCUCAUUUAGCAUUACACUAUUAAAAAAACACUGUAACACUGCAGUUUCUCUGAAGCUCCAGUGUAUGACAUUGCAGCACUAACUGCAAUAGGGACACUGCACCCAGACCACUUCAAUGAGCUGAAGUGUUCUUGGAGCCUAUAGUGUCCCUUUAAUACUCAAGGGUUCAUUCA